GUAUGUAUAGCAUGCAACUGCAAACAGAAGUGAUCAAGUCUUAAUUGCGUUCACCUGUUUGUCACACCAGCACAUGCCUCCUGUUUUGUGCUUUAACGCAACGGAUCUUUCCAACACAGAGUUUUUUUUCUGGGUAUUCAUGGACUUUACGCUGAUUUGUGUCCUCCAGGAUUACAGCUGCUUCACCUGCUGCCGAAGUUAAGAGAAGAGGAUGAUGAAGACUUGAUCAUCCAGUGUGAGGCGUUUGAAGAGGCCAUGGCUGAAGAUGAGGACGAGCUACUGAGGCUCUAUGGAGGAAUCGAUAUGAGCAACCAUCAGGAAGUCUUCACGUCUCUGUUUAACAAGGCAAGCGGUGCUCCUCUUACAGAUCUGCGCUGGUUUCUUUGGCUCAUAUGGUGUCUGGUAGCUUGAGCUGCGUCGUGUGUUUGCAGGUGAGCAGCUUCCCGUCGUCUCUGCAGCUGUUGUCCGUCUUGCAGGCGCUGCUGAUGCUGGGUCCCGAGCGAGCCGAUAUCUGGCAGGCGCUGGAGGCGCUCGCUAACAGAGCCGUACUGAUCGCUCAGAGCUCUGAGAUGGACUCAUCUGAGAAGAUCAUGCAGCGUCUCGUCUUCUCGAAGGAAUCGUCCAAAGGCUCCUUUGAGGUCAACGGUUAUGAAUCCAGAAGAAAGAAUCAAGCCGUUCAGACGGAGACCAAAGACGAGAAACUGGAGUGUUCCUGCAGAUCAUCCAAAACCCAGGAACCUCCACUCAACUCCACAAAGACCGGACCUCCUCCUCCACCUCCACCUCCACUUCCUUUCUCAGCAGUGCCUCUCAAAACAGGAGCUGGACCUCCUCCUGCACCUCCACCACCUCCUCCUUUACCAGGAGCACCAAUGCCUCCUCCUCCGCCUCCUCUUCCAGGAAUGUGUUCUGCACCUCCUCCUCCUCCUCCACCUUUACCUGGCAUGGGUGCACCUCCCCCUCCUCCUCCACCUUUACCUGGCAUGGGUGCACCUCCUCCUCCUCCUCCACCUUUACCUGGCAUGGGUGCACCUCCUCCUCCUCCAGGAGCAGGUGAUGUGAUCGUGGCCCAGACGUUUCAUCCGGUUGGUCAGUGUUACUCCGCGCCGGCGAGGAGCGGUCCGUAUCCCACACUCAGGAUGAAGAAACUCAACUGGCAGAAGCUGAACUCCAGAGCCGUCACCGAUGGUCCUUCAAUGUGGGCAUCAGUCUCAACCGAUUCACCGGUGGAGCCCAAUUACAGCAGCAUCGAGCAGCUCUUCUGUCUGCCAGUGACUGAAGUUAAAGACAAGAGCCCAGCCGCUUCACUCAAGAAAGAGCCCAAGGAGAUUUCCUUCAUUGACCCCAAGAAGAAUCUGAACCUGAAUAUCUUUUUGAAGCAGUUCAAGUGCUCAAAUGAAGAGUUCGUGUCAAUGGUGCAGAAAGGAGAUUGUUCCAAAUUUGACGUUGAGUCCCUGAAACAGCUUCUGAAACUCCUUCCGGAAAAACAUGAGAUUGACAACUUAAAGUCCUUUCAAGGAGAUUCAGACAAACUGGCCAGCGUGGAUCACUUUUACCUCUUACUGUUGGCUGUACCCUGUUACCAGCUGAGGAUUGAAUGCAUGUUGCUGUGUGAGGAAGCACUGUCUGUGCUCGAUAUCCUGAAGCCCAAGGUGGAGCUGGUGGAGACGGCCUGUGAGAAUAUCAGGAAAAGCUCACUACUGCCGUGUUUCUGCAAAUUAAUCCUCGAUGUUGGAAACUUCCUCAACUAUGGAAGCCACACAGGAAACGCUGAAGGAUUCAAGAUCAGUUCCCUGCUGAAACUCACUGAAACCAAAGCAAACAAGAGCCGCAUCACGCUCUUACAUCACAUCCUGGAGGAAGCUGAAUUAAAUCAUCCAGAGCUGCUGAAGCUUCCAGACGACAUCGAGGCCUGUGAGAAAGCAGCCGGCGUAAACCUGGACUCGAUUCAAGCCGAAGCCAGUCAUCUUCUGAAGAGACUGAGAGACGCGGAGAAGAAGGUCUCUUCGUCGCUCGAUGACGUCAAACAGCAGUUCUCAGGGCUCAUCGAGAAGAACCUGACGACGUGUGCAGCUCUAGACGAGCGUUUCACUAACCUGGACAACAGAAAAGGAGAUCUGGCUCAGUAUCUGUGUGAAGACGUGGCUCAGCUCUCGCUCGACGAGCUCUUCAACAACAUCAAAACCUUCCGCCAGCUCUUCCUCAAAGCCCUGAAGGAAAACAAGAUCCGUAAAGAACAAGCGGCUAAAGCGGAGAAAAGAAAGCAGCAGCUGGAGGAAGAAGAGUCCAAGAGACAGAAGGGAGAAGAUGGAAAGAUAAUUCGUCGAGGCGUAGCUCCGCAGGACGACGGCUGCAUCAUCGAUCAUCUCCUGGCCGACAUUCGCAAGGGUUUCCAUCUGAGAAAGACUCGUCCCAGGUGCGAAAGGGAAACCCCUCCUAGUGAAAUGCAUAGAGAUAUGGGAGCGUCCGCAGCAAGUGCAAGGUCUGUCGGAGAAGAAGCUGGAUCGUCUGCGGUCCACACAUCUCCAGCGGCCGCGGUUUCUACUCCAGGAGACUGCGGCACCAGUCCCUGUGCUGAAGACACCUCAGCGGGUAACGGGGAACCAGAGAGCCUUCCUUCAGACCAGAACGGGCUUCAGUCCCAUGAAAUCCACCCUCCAGCCAUCAGUCCAGCACAAAACCAUCAGGAACCAGCCGACACGUCACCCAGCUGCCUUACUACAACCAACACCGACCAGAAUCACAACGGGAAUAACAUCAGGCCUGCAGACGGUCACCUGAAGAACACAGACGAGACGCUUCGGGCGAGCAACACGCACACAGACGACGACGCCAACGAGUCGACAGGAAGACCGCAGGCGUGUGAUGUCGACGGAGUGAUGUCACAAGCCCCGCCCACUCCCUCUGACAGCCCCGCCCCCCUGAAACCUGAGAGCAAAAAACAUUUCUUACAAAGAAACAAAAAAGGCAGUAAUGAAGUGGAGGGUAACAGAGGGAAUGGACGCUCUAAAAAGGGAUGUGUGUUGCAGUGAGGAAGCUCAAGGAAAAGAAGAACAAAGGGGAGAAGGAAAAGUUGAGUCUGUUCCUGAUGUGUUCCUGUUAUUCAUCUGGAUCUCAGAGGACCGGAGGAGAUCUGAACCUCUCUUUCAUCUGCAGAGGAGCCACUGACGGUGUACUUUAAACAAAUACACACUGUGUAUUCAAGUUUGGCUUGAAGAAAUGUGUUUUUAAAUGCUAAAUCUUUAGAUUUGACCAAACUAUUUUAAAUAUUUGUACACUUGGAAGAUACAUUUAUGACACACCAAAUCUCUGUUUACGUGAGAGAGGGUUAAUAGAGGAGAGGAAAAAUGGUCAAUCAUGAAUUUUUGCUGUUUCUCAAAAAACCUUUAAACAGUCUGAAACCUUUAAGAUGCAUUGCUGUUAACUGUUUAACAUUGCUCUGAAUGUUAACUUAAUAUGUUAUGAAUAUGCUUGGCAUUAACCGGGAAAAGUAUUACUUUGUUAUGAUACCGGUUCUAAAAUAUUAGUGUAAUAAAAAAUAUUGGAUUACAUUUGCGCUUGCAGUGGUUAAGCGAGACUGUCAUAUUGAUGUCAUUAUGUAUUUUCAUUGAGAAAAUCUUUAAAUAAAAAUAAAAAUGUG